AUGGCGUCACCGUCGACAACACCAAAAGCGUCAUCGCCACCACCGUCAGGACACGCACCUAGUAAAAUGGAGCGCAGAAUGUCGCAUUUUAAAGAGUACAAGUUCUUUAGAAGUUUUAGUGCUAAAGUUGAAAACUGGCCGAUGAGAAAAGCCGAGCAGCUGUGGAGAAAAAUGAGAGAGCGGAAAAUUGCAGGUAAGUAA